GCCGCAGCGUUCGGCAGUCACUGCUGAAUACACGUGCGGUUUGGUUUCUCUCCUGCGGUGCUGUUUUGCUGUCACGGUCCUUUCCUGGAGCCUGGGACUAAGGGGUCGCGCGCCUGUGUUGUGUGCGGGACAGCGAGACUCCACUCAGGCAGGGCCGUCCCCUGCUGCCUCUCUCCUUAGCCGGGGCGGCAGUCCGCACGCUUUUUUGCUCGCCGCCCACUCGGUGUCCGGAGUGCGUCGUCUUUUUGAUUUUGGAACUUGUGAGCGUCUUAUUUUUUUCCCCCUCCAAAAAAUUUGUUUUUCUUUUGGCUUGGUGCCUCCAGGGCUGGUUUCCCCGGUCCCGAAUAACCGCUUCUAGACACCGGUCGCCAGCCCCGCCCCAGGUUGCCCCUGGCUCUGCCCGAGGCCCCGGAGGGUGGGAAGCUUUGCCCAGCAGGUCUCUGCUGCAUAGCCGCAACUGCAUCAGUAUGCUUGGGGUCAACGACCCUCCUCUUUUUAUAAAAGACAUUAAGGCCGGACUGAAAAACUUAAAUGUCGUCUUUAUUGUCCUGGAGAUAGGACGCGUGACCAAAACCAAAGAUGGCCAUGAAGUGAGAUCCUGCAAAGUAGCUGACCGAACGGGAAGCAUCACUAUUUCUGUGUGGGAUGAAAUCGGAGGACUCAUACAGACAGGGGAUAUUAUUCGUUUGACCAGAGGGUAUGCAUCAAUGUGGAAAGGAUGCCUGACACUUUAUACUGGAAGAGGUGGUGAACUUCAAAAAAUUGGGGAGUUUUGUAUGGUGUAUUCAGAACUGCCAAAUUUCAGUGAGCCAAACCCGGAUUAUAGAGGACAGCAGAACAACUCGGUACAAAAUGAGAAGGAUAAAGUGAAUGCUGGUACAUUUGGAACCUUUGGAAAUGGCGUUCAGACUGGGCCUGAAUCAAGAGGAUAUCAUCUUCCAUAUGCAGGUAGAAGCAGUGAUCUGGAGCACAUCAACUCACCGCUUCCAGGAACUCAAAGUAGUCAAACAGUCAUGACCACAAUAAGCAAUGCCAGGGAUCCGAGGAGAGCUUUUAGAAGAUGACCGAAGCCCAAGAGACUCAUGUAGUAUUUAAACUAUGUGCCCUACUUGAAUACUUAAUGCACUUUCAUUUAUUGUUAACUGUGAAAAGUGUGUCUCUUAAAGGUUUCCUGUUACAUUUUGUGUUUGUUAAGAAGAUUGGUUGAUUUUUACUGCACAAUGUUGAGCUGCUCAGUUCCAUCCUGUUGAAGAAUAGGAACUCUGAAAGCAGGAACAUUCAUUUUUAGAGCAAGAACUUACUGGGUAUCACUUGAAAACCUGUCCCUGUUUCAAGGGUGAGCGACUUACAACACCAGCUUUACAGCCUCUGUGAGUCUUCUGCAUACAUUUUGUAAUGUUUGCCAUAACAUUUCAUGGGAAAUGUUCUUUUGUUUUAACUGGGAUGUGGCCGGCGAAAGUGAUAGCAGCCCCAAGCAGAAGCCUGCCCCGUGCUGACAGUGCUUUGAGUGCUUGUGGUCCAGGGAUGACUGACUUCUAGAGUGACUGGCCUGCCAUUGAGAGUGUCCACGGACAGAAGCACAGCCUACAUUCUUGUUUAGUUACCAGAAAACCAGACUCUUCCCAGAAUUAUGGAAUACAAUGGGUAAUAUUACAAGUAGUUUUUAGAAGAAAACUAUAAGAUAAUGCUGUUAAUAUUUGUUAAAUUUAAACAUUAAAAUUACACUGAAGAAAAUUUACAGCAGAAUCUUUGUGUUGUUUUUUAAACAACCAUGUUAAAUACUGGUGUAAUUGGAGGCAGUUACAAUACCACACUAGACAGAAAUCUCAUUAGUCCAUCCUCUGUAUCCCAGCUGUUGGGGUUAAAGUUGUGAAUUACCACAUCAGGCUGAUCUGAUUACUAAAAAACAAAACAGAAAACAUGUGGUAGAUGAAUAUUGUAGCAAAUACAAUUCAGAUUGAAUUCUUAUAGCCAUGUGACAACCUGGGUCAGGUGGUCAGGUAGAAGUAAGAAUGCUGGAGUAAGAAUAGGUACUGCUUCUCUUUAAUGGAAUGCAUGUGCUUCAGUUUCUUUUGGGUUUUUUUUUUUUUUUUUGUUCGUUUUUGUUUUUUUUUUUUUUUAUUUUUAUUUUUCAAGAUAGGAUUUCUCUGAUGCUGGCUCUGUAGACCCAGCUAGCCUCUGACUUAUAGAAAUCCACCUGUCUCUGUUUCCUGAGUGCUCUCUCUCAGAAAUGUUAAGGUGGGAAUUGUGUGUCCUGGUAGUCUCGUCACUGUAGGGUGGGUAAUUGGUAAAUGUUUUCAUGUUAGUUUGUCUCCUUAAAUAUUACCUCGUGAGUAAAUGUCUUGCUCUACUGACAGCACAGCGGCCUGCUCUGCUCUUUCCCCAAGCACGGAGAGUCCAGUUCAGUUUCCUGAAGCUGCGUCGGCUUCAGCCUGGCUGCUUCCUAUCUCUGUGUCUGCUGAUUCUCCUGGCCUCACAUUGUAUAAUAAGUAAGUUUCUGUUCAAAUUCUGUAGCGUUUGGACAUAACCUGUGCUAGAUAUUAUUCUAUUUCCAUUUACCAAAUUUUCAGUUUGCACUGUAUUAUGCUCCAUGUGGAGAUUAUUAUAACAUUUGAGAUAUUGCAGGAAAUUUACUUAGGGUUUAUAGUUGCAGGGCUUUGAUAGUAUAGAUAAUUGGUCAUUUGUUCAUACAUUAAUAAUUAUAACUAUUUUGGUUAUGUGAUUAUGGCUUUUUUUGUUUCCAUUACUGAAUGCUUCAAUAAAGUUACCUAAGAAUUAAAA